ACAUUUUGGAGGGAAAUUAUUAACCUUACAAUCUUUAAACAGUGAGUGAUUAAUUUCGUGUUUAGUAGCAAUGGAAGUGCCCAAUAAUUUCGAAUUCCCGUUCCAACCCUACCCCAUCCAGCAUGCCUUCAUGCGGAAUUUAUUUGAAGUGAUUGAAAAUAAAAAGUUUGGUAUUUUUGAGAGCCCCACUGGGACGGGCAAGUCUCUUAGCAUUCUCUGUGGGGCGAUUCGUUGGUUGAAAGACCACAACAUGUACGAAAGAGAAAAUCUCAAAUUACAAAUCGAGGAAUUGGAAUUAAAGAAGAGAAAAGUUUCGGGUAAUUCCAGCGACUGGUUGUCGGCCCAAGCUCAGGAAAUUGACCUGAAUCGUCAAAUAAACGAACUAAAGAUCCGCCAAAAUAAAAUUGAUGAGUACGAUAAGAAAAUCGAAAGUUUGAGGAAGAAGAAAAAAGAGAAAAAAAGUGUUAAAACGAAGCUUGUUGUUAAAGAAGUUAACGAAAACGAAGACGAUGAGAUUGUUUUGGACACUGACGUACAGUCAGAUGAUGAAAAAGAGGAAAGUGAUGACGAAUCAUCAACUUUUAAACCAACAAAAAUUUUUAUUUGUAGUAGGACACACUCACAAUUGAGUCAGUUUAUUGGUGAAAUUCUUAAAUCGCCAUUUGGUAAAAACAUAAGAGUGGCAUCGUUGGCCUCGAGACAGAAUUAUUGCAUAAACCCUAACGUCAAUAAACUAAAAAAUAAUUCCCUCAUCAAUGAAAAAUGUCUAGACAUGCAAAAACAAAGCAAAUCACAGAAAGACGCCGAUGGUAAAACAAUAAAAAAGCCAAGAGGGACAACCACAAAGUGUCCCUACUACAAGCAGUCGACUAUUGAAGAUUUGAAAGAUUUAACACUGACUGAAGUACAAGACGUUGAAGAUUUGGUCAAAAGUGGGAAAGAGUUAAAUGCUUGUCCCUAUUACUCGAGCAGAUUAGCUGCAGAAGAUGCCGAAGUUGUUCUAGUUCCUUACAACACUAUUUUACACAAAGCGACAAGGGAAGCUAACGGUAUCGACUUGAAGGAUAAUGUGAUAAUAAUCGACGAGGCUCACAAUUUACUGGAAGCAAUGGGACAAAUGUACAGUUCUGAGCUAACUUACAGUCAGAUAGAUCAAGGGUUGCUUCAGGUCAAGUGCUACAAACAACGAUUUAAUACGCGAUUUUCCGCACCCAAUUUAUUACUAAUUAACCAGCUGAUUUUUGUGACAACUAAGCUGCAACAAUUAUUGGAUCAAAGUAGUGAGGAAAAGACUGAUGUUUUUACGAUUGAAAAUUUUGUCCUAACGGCCAAAAUUGAUAACUUCAACAUGUUUCGCCUAGUCAAGUUCUGUAAGGACGGUAGAAUUGCCCAAAAAGUUCGCAGCUACGCGCUGAAAUAUCCCUUCGAUAAAAGCAUAAUUGAAAAGCCGACAAAGAAGGGUGUUAAAGACUUUUUAUCGAGUAUCACUAAUAAAAAUGAAACUGUCGAACAAAAUAUAGAAAAACCGGCCGCUUUUGCGUUAACUAAUCCCCUGCUUGCGAUAAUUUCAUUUCUGGAAACUUUGACUUAUUCGUACAAAGAUGGCCGUAUUUUUGUUCACACUAAUCAAGACAAGUCGAAAAUUAAAUUACAGUUCUUGCUUUUGAACCCGACUCAAAAUUUUGAAGAUAUCGUCAAACUUGCGCGAUCUGUGAUUGUUUGUGGGGGCACAAUGAAACCUAACGAAGAAUUCAGAAAUCGGUUAUUUAUCAGUUCUGGGGUUUCCCCCGACCGGAUUGUUGAAUUUUCGUGCGGACACAUUAUACCACCAGAAAAUAUUUUACCAGUGAUAAUGACCGAAGGGGAGAAUAAAGAAAAAUUGCUGUUUAAUUUUGAGCGCCGAAUGUCUAUGGGCGGUUGUAUUAAACGAAUACUUGUGGAAGUGUGUAAAGUGGUCAAGGGCGGGAUCGUGGUUUUUUUCCCGUCAUAUAAUUACGAAAAUUGGGUUUGGCAACAAAUUAAAGACGUGUCUUUUGGCCGUUUGGUUUUUCGUGAGCCUCAAGACUCUGGUUCUGUUGAUUCCGUCUUGAAGAGCUAUUCGGACGCUGUUCACAAAUCGAGUGGUGCCUUGUUGUUGAGUGUUGUUGGGGGCAAAUUAAGCGAGGGUUUGAAUUUUAGUGACGACUUAGGGCGUUGUGUCAUUGUUGUUGGGUUGCCGUACGCAAAUAUUACCGCACCGGAUUUGAAAGAAAAAAUGUCGCAUUUGGACAAAAUUGAAGGAAGUGGUGCUGGUAAAAGGUUUUAUGAAAGUUUGUGUAUGAAGGCAGUGAAUCAAUCAAUUGGGAGAGCUGUAAGGCACAAAAAUGAUUACGCAACUAUUCUUUUGCUUGAUGAGAGAUAUAAUAGAACUGCCACGAAGGAAGCGUUGCCUGAUUGGAUAAAAAAAUCGUUAAAAGUGUGUAAUUUUCAAGACACGUUUACCAACAUGCGAAAGUUUUUUGAAGAUAGAAGAAAAAUACUGUAAGCAGGCUGAUUGCCAGUGUAUUGGUGGUUGCCUAAGGUCGUCUCUUAUUUUGAAGACUGAUCAAACAAUUAAUUUAUAUCGUAUAUUUUCAAAUAAAAAUUAAACCAGCAA